AUGAUGCAUCCGUCAGAUCCUAUCCAUAUUUUCUUCACCAAGACUCCCAAACCAGCCACUCUACUGAAGCCAGGUGGUAAGGUUGUGAAAGGAUGUGAGAUAUAUAUACACAACCAACUUCUGCAAUUCAAAGGAUCCAUGCUUGCUCUGGCCAUGGUUAGUUUGGAAAUGGAGAAACUUAUUCCUGAUUGGCUUCCUCUGACAAUUGAACUGCUUCAGAAAGCACAGAUGGAUAGCUCCCAGCUGAUCCACUGUCGGGAGCUCGUGGCUCAUCACCUUUCUGCUCUGCCGUCUUCCCUGCCACUCAAUUCCGUGUAUGUCUACCGGCCCCUCAAGCACACCCUGGUGACCUGUGACAAAGGAGUGUUCAGAUUACAGCCCUCCUCUGUCCCAGGCCCAGACCUGGGUUUCUCCAAGGACAACAGCAAACCGGAAGUGCCGGUCCGAGGCACAGCAGCCUUCUACCACCGUCUCUCGGCGGCCGGGGGGUGGGGAGGCAAGCAGACGUCUGCCAAGCGCGAAGUGGAGGAGAUGGAAGUGGAUGACUUCUACGACGGCAUCAAGCGGCUCUACAAUGAAGACAGCGCGCCGGAGAACGUGGGUUCUGUCUGCGGCACUGAUCUAUCGAGGCAGGAGGGACCCGCUUCCCCUUGUCCGCCUUUGCGGCCAGUUUCUGUCCUGUAACUUC